AUGGAGGGCUUGUUAAACCCGAACAACAAGACAAGCGCAGGGCUAGGACGCUGUGUUUCACACGUACAAGACGAACUGAAGAGCUUUAGAUCGUACGUACGAUGGAUGUGUGUGGACCAAUCUAAUGCAUGGAGGACAUGCAUUUCUUGGUCCAUAUUCAUCUUGUUUGCAAUCGUUGUUCCUGCCAUUUCCCACUUUGUGUUCACAUGUGCAUCAUGCGAUGGCAAGCACAAGAGACCUUACGAUGGUGUAGUGCAAUUGUCUUUGAGUAGCGUCGCGACGGUAUCGUUUCUGUGCCUGUCAUGGUUUGUGAGGAAGUUUGGGCUCCGGAGGUUCUUGUUUUUCGAUAAGCUUUAUAAUGAGAGCGAGACGGUCAGGAGGGAAUACACACAACAGCUCAAUAGAUCAUUGAAGAUUCUCUGCAUCUUUGUAAUGCCAUGCUUUGCCGCGGAGAGUGUAUAUAAGAUUUGGUGGUACGCAUCUAGAGCCUCGCAAAUGCCUUUUCUGGGCAAUGUUUACGUAAGUGACAUGGUAGCGUGCACGCUGGAGUUGUGCUCGUGGUUGUAUCGUACAACUGUGUUUUUCCUCGUGUGCGUUCUGUUCCGUCUGAUAUGCUACCUCCAAAUCCUACGGCUCCAAGACUUUGCCACUGUGUUCCAAGAGCAAUCUGAUGUCGGGUCAGUGUUGUCCGAGCACCUUAGGAUCCGGAGGCACUUAACAAUCAUAAGUCAUAGAUACCGAGGUUUCAUCCUAUGGUCAUUGAUCUUGGUCACGGGCAGCCAAUUUUCCUUGUUGCUCAUCACAACCAGGGCUAGUGCCACUGCCAAUCUUGAUGUUUAUAGAUCCGGUGAACUUGUGCUAUGCUCCAUAACUUUAGUCACUGGAGUCCUCAUCUUACUGCGCAGUGCAACCAAAAUCACCCACAAGGCCCAAGCAGUCACAUGCCUUGCUACAAAGUGGCAUGUUUGCGCCACACUGGAGUCCUUUGAUGCGAACGAAGGAGAUUCUCCGCCGCCUGAUGAGACCGGGAAUGGCCGAGUGGUUUCUGGUGCCAGUAGUGACAGAGAAUCAGACAGUGAUUUGGCAAGUGAUGAUCAAGAUGAACUGGAAAACGCCAAGUUUGUUCCAUCAUAUGCAUAUAGUACAAUCUCUUAUCAAAAGAGACAAGCUCUAGUGACAUAUCUGGAGAAUAAUAGAGCUGGUAUUACUAUAUACGGAUUUACAUUGGACAGGAGUACACUCCACACCAUAUUUAUGCUUGAGCUAUCAUUGAUUCUUUGGUUGUUGGGUAAAACAGUUGGAAUUUCUUGA